AUGCCCGCAGAACAGAAGUUUGUUGAAACCAUUGAAGAUCUCAUCUCGACCGCGAAAGAAGCUUUGAAAAAAAAUCAUCAUGCAUUUGUGCUAUUUUCUGGAUCAACCGAUUUGAAAACAGGCGAUAGUUGGUGCGCCAACUGUCAAAAGGCGGAACCUGUGUUGGAAGAGUGUUUAAAACAUUCGAAGGAUGGCGACGUUUUUAUGAUGAUUGAAGUUGGUUCUGAAUCCGAAUGGAAUUCACCAGAGAACAAAUUUCGUACUCACCCGGUUUUUAAACUCCAAAGCAUUCCUUGCGUUGUCUCUUUCAAAUUGACCGGUGAUGAGCUGUCAGUUGUGGAUCGAAUCGAAGGCACUAAGUGUCACGACAAGGCGCAGUUAGCCAAAAUGCUUAAUGCCUAA